UAAAUGUAAUCUUUUGGUUGCGAUCUGUUGGCCGUUUGAGAUGUCAAGUGUUGUCAAGCUGAUAUAGCGCAUUAUUUUGUUACAGUUGCUGCUAUCGGGUUACCCUGGCAAAUCAGUUUCACUAUAUUGACUGGCGCCCCCUUAGAAAUACACAAUAUACUACAAUAUAGCGUUUUAAAAUAUUAUCAGAGGAUUCCGAUAGACAGAGGAUUAAUGUAGCUUGGUUGUUGAAUUAGAUCCACACUUCUGUCAGUAUAUAACCUUUGACCAGUCACAUGACCAGCAAAACGCACACAAAUCUGGUUUUUGUUGGCUUAAGGAAUGACGUUUUUAAAUCUUUUCGGACGCUUAAAAUCAAAUGUCAUUGGCAUGAUUCACGUCCGAGCCUUGCCAGGAACUCCCUUGAACCGCGCGAGUAUCGCAGAGAUCACAGAGGAGGCUUGUCGAGAGGCGGAAAUUUACCACCAGGCAGGACUUGAUGGGCUGAUCAUUGAAAACAUGCAUGAUAUUCCAUACACCCUUGAAGUGGGUCCAGAAGUGUGUGCAUCAAUGACAGUUGUGUGUGCAGCAGUCAGGGGCCUUUAUCCAUCUUGGCCGCUUGGUGUUCAGAUUCUUUCAGCUGCAAACCAAUCAGCACUGGCUGUUGCCCUGGCCUCAGGCCUGGAUUUUAUCCGCGCAGAGGGGUUUGUGUUCUCACAUGUUGCAGACGAAGGUCUGUUAAAUGCUUGCGCUGGUGAGCUGCUGCGCUACCGUAGAUGCAUUGGAGCAGAGCACGUUCAGAUCUUCACAGACAUCAAAAAGAAGCACAGCGCUCAUGCCCUGACUUCAGAUGUGAGCAUAGCUGAAACAGCCCAAGCAGCUGAGUUCUUCCUCUCUGACGGAGUCAUCGUCACCGGAACUGCCACUGGAGCACAGGCUGAUCCAAAGGAACUGAGGGAGGUUACCCAGUCUGUACGGAUCCCUGUUCUCAUUGGUUCUGGAGUAACACAUGAUAACGUGGAGCAAUACCUUCAAGCAAACGCCAUGAUCAUCGGCUCCCAUUUCAAGAAAGGAGGAUACUGGGCAAAUGGUGUGGAUGCUGAGAGAGUCAAAAGGUUCAUGGGGAAGAUACACACACUUCUGGAAUGACUGAUGUAACUA